AAGGAUUUCAUAGCUAUACAUUGUUCUAUAAAUAAUUUUCUUAUAAUACAGCAAAUCAAACGCACAGAUACCGGCAUCGAUGGAUUUACUUCAAGAAAUAAUCAUUUUUGUGAACGGAAGAAAAUGUGCAGUGAAUGCAUCAGAAGUGUCUCCUCAAACUAAUUUAAAUACAUUUUUGCGAGAUUAUUUACAUUUAACUGGUACUAAACGCAUGUGCUUAGAAGGAGGCUGUGGUGCCUGUAUCGUUUCGGUUGAUAGAAUUAACCCAGUCACAGGAAAACUUGAAACUUUCUGUAUAAAUUCAUGUUUGGUAUCAGUUUUUUCAUGUUUUGGUUGGGACGUCUUCACUGUUGAAGGGAUUGGAAAUUCAUCUUCCAAACACAAAAUCCAAGACGUCUUAAAGAGACACAAUGGUACUCAGUGCGGAUAUUGUACUCCAGGCAUGGUGAUGAACAUGUUUGCUUUGCAAAAAUCCACUGAAGAUGUGACUAUGAAACAAGUUGAAAACUCUUUCGGGGGUAACAUCUGUAGAUGUACUGGUUACAGGCCUAUUUUAUCGGCAUUUAAAACUCUGUGUAAGGAUGCGAGUGAUGAUUUAUUCGAAAGAUAUCCGGAUAUCGAAGACGCAAACGUCUGCACAAAUGUAUGCACUAAAAAAUGUUGCUUUAAAAUAAACUCUGCCUUUUAUUUUAAACUUGACAAACAGUCAUGGAUCAAAGUUAUAGAAUUCGGAGAAUUAAUACAAGUUAUGAAGUCAUUUCAUGGCAGCAAGACCUCUUAUAUGUUGGUUGCCGGGAAUACUGGCAAAGGCGUGUACAGAACAGAAAAGGAAUUUGACGUCUAUGUAGACAUAUUAGAUGUUCAGGACCUUCUUAACCACGAAAUUAACAAUAAAUUAAUAAUUGGAGCUAAUAUAAGCCUUACAAAUGCAAUGAAUUUGUUCGAUAAGCUUUCCAAGGAGAAUAGCAAAUUCCGAUAUUUGAGCAAAUUAUCUCACCACAUCGAUUUGAUAGCUAAUGUGCCCGUGAGAAAUACAGGAACAUUAGCAGGGAAUUUAAUGUUAAAGCAUCAAUACAACAACUUUCCAUCAGAUGUAUUUUUAUUUUUGGAAACAAUUGGGGCCCAUUUGCAAGUAGUUGAUAUAAAUAAUAAAGUAUACGACACCACAUUACAGGAAUUUUUGUUAAUAAAUAUGUCCGACAAAGUAUUAAAAAAAAUCGUAUUGCCUGCUUUAAACGAUCAUUAUUACUAUGAAAGUUACAAGAUUAUGCCUAGAGCCCAGAAUGCCCAUGCCCUGGUAAAUGCAGGAUUUUUACUGAAAAUUAAUGACAAAUUAAUAGUAGAAGAUGCUAGAAUUGUAUAUGGUUGCAUCAAUAAAACUUACACACACGCUGUAAACACCGAAAAAUAUUUAGUCUCCAAAAGUAUAUUCAACAACAAUAUACUACAAGCUGCUUUUCAAGUGCUAAAUGAUGAACUAAAACCUGAUUACGCACCAGCUGAUCCACAACCGACGUUCCGGAAAAAAUUAGCAAUAUCAUUGUUUUAUAAAUACAUUUUGAGUAUAGCGCCAAGCAAAUUUGUGUCAGAAAGGCAUAGAAGUGGUGGCGAAGAAUUAAUUAGACCAGUUUCGUCCGGUUCUCAAGAUUUUGGUACGGAUAAAACUGUAUAUCCUCUGUCACAAUCCAUGCCCAAAAUUGAGGCUGUGGCUCAGACAACUGGUGAAGCUGAAUACAUAACGGAUAUGCCUGAUUUGCCAAAUCAAACGCAUGCAGCUUUCGUUUUGGCUAAAGCGUCUCCAAACUCAGUUAUUGUGGAUAUAAUCACCGACAAAGCAUUGGAAAUGGAAGGUGUUAUAGCAUUUUUAGACAAGAACGAUAUUCCUGGAAAAAAUACAUUCACACCCAGCGAAUCUGGGUUGCCAAUGGAAGAAGAAUUAUUUUGUACGGGAAUCGUUAAGUAUCACUCGCAACCAGUCGGAAUUAUUGUAGCGAAAUCGCAAGAGAUUGCAGAAAAAGCAGCAAAUUUAGUUGAUGUGAGGUACAAGGAUGGAAAUGAAAAACCAGUUAUAACUCUAGGCGACAUAUUAAAACGAAAUCUUUCAACUAAAAUUAAUCAGGAUAAAAUUAUUAACCCAAAGAGAACGGGUACAAAUAUAAAACACGUAAUCAAAGGCUCCUUUGCUUUGUCUUGGCAGUACCACUUCCACAUGGAAACACAAUGUUGCAGUGUAGUUCCAGUGGAAGAUGGACUUGAUAUGUAUCCUGGAACACAGUGGAUGGAUUUAGCUCAAGUGGCAGCAUCUGUUGCCUUAAAUAUCCCAUCAAAUAGGAUCAACGUGAAAGUUAAACGACUUGGUGGUGCUUUCGGCGCAAAAAUUGUUCGUAACUCUCUAGUGUCGACAGCUGCGGCAGUGGCAGCGUAUAAACUCAAGAAGCCAGUGAAAAUCUGGAUGCCACUAGAAACAAAUAUGAGCGUUAUAGGAAAAAGAUACCCACUAACUAGUGAUUACGAGGUUGCCACCGAUGAAAAUGGCGUUAUUCAAUAUCUCCAUAAUACAUUUUACUAUGAUCACGGAUGUGGUUCGAACGAACCUGUAAUGUACUUGUUAUAUGAUACUUAUUUUGGUUUAUAUAACACAGAGACUUGGUACACGAACGCUAACAUAGUAAACACGGAUAUGCAUGCUAGUUGCUACACGCGAGCACCAGGUUCUGCAGAGGGUUUCGGUAUGAUUGAAGCGAUAAUGGAGCAUACAGCUUUAGAAAUAGACAUGGACCCGUUGCAAUUUAGACUUACUAAUAUGACAAAGAAUCACGAAAAAUUAUUAAAACACAUAGAAGAAUUGAAAAGGUGGGCAGAUAUAGAUAAACGAAAAUCAGAUAUAACUGAAUUCAAUAUGAGCAACCGAUGGAGAAAGAAAGGAUUAGCUGUUGUUCCUAUGGUUUUCCCUUUUAUUUUGUUUCCUUUUACUUACGGUGUUAUUGUUUCAGUAUAUCAUUGUGACGGAAGUGUUAGCAUAUCUCACGGCGGAAUUGAAAUUGGACAGGGCAUAAAUACAAAAGUAAUACAAGUAUGCGCGUACAAACUGGGUGUCCCCGUUAAUAAAAUUUCAGUUAAACCAAGUAAUAAUUUAAAUGCACCCAAUUCCUCUCCAACUGGAGGUAGUCUCACCAGUGAAGCUGUUUGUUGGGGGGUCAUUCAGGCAUGUGACAUACUUCUAGAAAGGAUGAAACCAAUUAGAGAUAAGAUGAACGACCCAACUUGGGAAGAAUUAGUGAAAGAAUGCUAUAAAGAAUUAAUAAAUCUCUCUACUUCAUCAAUGUAUUCACCAAAGGAUCCCGCAAUAAAUGCCUAUGAAAUAUACGGUGUAUGCUCUACUGAAAUAGAACUAGAUGUGUUAACUGGCCAACAUCAUGUGUCUAGAGUUGAUUUAUUGGAAGAUGUGGGCGACAGCAUAAGUCCUGAAAUAGAUAUAGGACAAGUAGAGGGUGCUUUUGUAAUGGGUCUGGGGUAUUAUACAACAGAACAUGUAAUUGUUGGUGAAAAUGGAGAAAUUUUAACCAAUAGAACAUGGACUUAUAAGCCUCCUGGAGCAAAAGAUAUUCCUAUUGACUUUCGUGUAAAAUUUCCAAAUGACAAUCCUAACCCACUUGGAAUUUUGAAAACAAAAGCUACUGGUGAACCCCCUCUUUGUUUAGCUGUGUCAAUUCCCCUAGCAAUUAGGCAAGCUAUAGCUUCUGUUAGAAACGAAUUUGAUAGCACUAAACCAAAAUGGUAUCCCUUUGAUGGCCCUUCUACCGUGGAAUAUAAUUUCAUGAAUUGCCUCCAUGAUUACAAACAAUAUACAUUGUGAAAAUAAUUUAUAGAAUUAAAUAUUAUAGCAUUUAUUUUUAGAUAAAAUUACAAAUAUCAGAGUUAAUUUAGUUAUACAGGGUGUUUUUCUAAGUUCACGACAUAAUUUCAGAAAGUUCGUUGACUUUAGAACAAAACGUCUUGACCCAAGUACCUAACAACUUUUUGGAGUCAUAACAUACAAAACAUCAUGUACAUGGAUUGUAUUUUAUUUUAAGCGAUUUA